AUGCACCUGGAGUCGUGUCUGACGCUCGUACCGUCAGAGUUCUUAUCUUCACUUCAGCAGAGCAGCCAGCAGGGGGCGCUGUUGUGGGCCAGCACCAGAAGCCGACUCCCACUCAGUGUUGUCUCCACCAAUCACAGCAUGGCUCUCCUUCAGCUGGCGUCACUCGGCACGCCCCCUCAGUCGCUCCUCGACGACCAGCUCAGACUCUACCAUAUCACGCCAGAUGGCGCCGACCCAACAAUGGACAUCUGGACGGUCAUCAAGCCCGGACAUGUCCGCGAGAAGAUCGCCAUGUUUGCUGCAGAGGGUCAGAGGAUGGGGGGCGUGUCCAUCAGCAGCUCUGUCAGCGGGGACGAGACGCCGUCAGCGUCUGAGAAGGUGUCGGUGGUGGAGAUGGUGGCGUUCCUGGAACAGAGAGCCAAUGAACAGCAACCAGACUCUAAACCCAAACUUCACCUUCGGAGAAGCUCCGCCUCCAUUACUCUGUCCAGAGCCCCGCCCCCUGAGCUUAGGGAGAACGCAGAGGCUCAGGGGGAGGAGCCAGAGAGCGUGAAGGUGUCAGACAUGGUCGCCAAACUGGAGUCCGUGUUUCUGAGGAGGAGGGCACAAGGCGACCAAUCACAGAGCAGCAACCUGAGGACAGAGGACGACCAAUCACAGAGCAGCAACCUGAGGACAGAGGACGACCAAUCACAGAGCAGCAACCUGAGGACAGAGGACGACCAAUCACAGAGCAGCAACCUGACAGGGACUGUGGGAGGAGUCCUGCGGGUCACCACAGAGCGGGGUUCUCGUUCCUGUCCGUCUUCUUCCUCAUUGGUCAGCGUCUCCUCGUCAUCGUCACCUCUCCGUGUGUCACAGCUGGAGGCCCCGCCUACAGACAGGGAGCCAAUCAGCUGCUCCAAAACACCCACCGCUCACAAUCUGACCUCCUUACCUGUCCAGGCCACGCCCCCUUCAGGUAAGACUGAAGAAGAGGCGGAGUCAGGUGGUCUGCAGGUCCAGACUGUCAGUCAGAUUGAAGCUCCGCCCCUCACACAGACUGGUGGUUUGAUCCCCUGCUGGGCUCCUCCUCGGGGGCGCCUUGCGUCGGCGUCUGAGGACUUCCUGUUGACUCGGCGGCGCCUGCAGCAGCUGCUGGAGCCUCAGCCGUACCUGUCCGUUCUGCCGCAUCACCUGCUGGUCAAAAUCCUCCUGCUGCUGCCGACGCAGAGCCUCGCCGCGCUCAAGUGCACCUGCCAUUACCUCGCCUUCAUCAUCGACACGUACGGCGUGCGGCCCGCUGACUCGCUCUGGGUGUCGGACCCCCGUUACCGUGACGACCCCUGUAAGCGGUGUAAGAAACGUUACGGGCCCGGCGACGUCUCGCUCUGCCGCUGGCACCACAAACCGUUCUGUCAGGCGCUGCCGACCGGCCCCGGGUUCUGGAUGUGCUGUCUCGGCGCCCGCAGGGACGCCCCGGGCUGCAACGUCGGUCUCCAUGACAACCACUGGGGGCCAGCAUCGCAUGGCGUUAAGUUCAAGGCGCAGUCACCAUGA